CGUGCGAUCAUAUCGAACAAGUGAUCCCGAGCACAGCAAAGCGUGUCACUUUCAUCGUACAUCUGUGAUUGUCAGACAUGUCCGGCAAUUUAGCACUAAUUGUAGCGCUGUGUGGGUUGGCGGGUCUCUGCUCAGUGCCCGGCUCCACGGCGCAGGCACUUUCACAGUAUGACGCAUCAUCGUCUCUCGACCAAAACAACUGGGAUGCACUAGGUGGUCUGUACGCGUUGCUGGCGCAGCAUGACGCGCUGGGCGGGCACGCACUCGCCCGCAAAUCGGUACGCUCGCCAUCUCGCCGCCUGCGGUUUGGCAGACGUUCUGAUCCUGAUAUGCCUCCACAAGCCCCCUUGGACGAAAUGGACGAACUGCUGUCCCUGCGUGACGUCCGCACCCCGGUCCGCCUGCGCUUUGGACGUCGAUCUGACGAACGAGCCGUGCCUCACAUCUUCCCUCAAGAGGAGCAGGAGCCCCGCGCCGUACGAGCCCCCUCUAUGCGCCUUCGCUUCGGCAGACGUUCAGACAACAACAUGUUUUUGCUUCCAUUCGAGUCCGCCAUACCCAAAGAGGUGAAAGCGAGUAGCUCAAUGGAAGACGACAGGCAGCAAAAUUAAUUCGAUUACCAACAGUAAACACAACCAUAUCUUUCCAAUCCGUAAAAAUAUAUCAAUAUAUUAUAAGUGGAAACAUAAAUCAUCUAAUUAAAAAUAUAUAUUUAAGUGUCAAACUUUUUAUUCGUAUUUAGAUGUUACUCAAUUAAUCUUAAGCUAUAUGUACAUAAUAAUCAAUUAGUACCUUUGUUGUUGUCAAUGAUAUUGCUUAUAGGGAUUAUUCCUGUUUCUUUGUUUCUGGUUAGUUUAAACUAGUUUUUUAUUUUUCCAGAAAUUUCCUGCGUGUACUCGUACUAUUUACAAGACUGUUUAUUAUUUGUUAACAGUGAAGUACUUUACAUUUUUAGAGCUGGGCAAAUGUAAAGUUACUACACUGAUAAGUUGAAACUAGCUUCUUGAAGCAUCUCUUUAGAUAAAAAUUUUUAUUUUGUAUAGUUAAUAAUAUAUAGUGCAUAAAUGAGUUGAAAUAUAAAACCA